CAAGUGUUGUAAGCACUUUAAUUUUGAGACUUAAAAAAAAAGUCAUUUUCCCAAAAACAAAAUCAACCCUCUUUCUUUCCCUCUCUCUCUCUCUCUCUAAACUUCUGAACUUCAAAUCAGAUAAAGAAUUUUGAAAGUAUUUAAAUAAGGAAGGUGGGAAAAAGAGAAAAAGAAAAAUUAAAGAAAGAAACAUUGUAGUUUUUGGCUCUGCCUUCUUCAGGGAGUUGGGUUCUCUUCUCAAGCCAGACAAAAGAAAAAGCAAAAGCACAACACCAACAACAAAAAAGAAGGAAAAAAAAAAAAGUCUUAUUUUUCACACUUAGACCAAAAUCAUGGAAGUUUUUGUUUAGGGUUUUCAGAAACUUACACGCUCUGUUUUUCUUGUUUUUUUCCUUUUUGUUUCUUACAAUUCUUCCAAUUUCAACCCUUCUCAUGAUUCUACGUCUUUUGUUUCUUCCUUUUUAUUUUCUGAGUUUUUAGUUCUUUUUUUUCUUCAUUCAUUUUCUUCUUAAGAGUUUUUUUUCGUUUGUUUUUCUUUUCAAAUAUGGAAGAGGUUGAAGAAGCUACCAAAUCAGCCAUUGAGAGCUGCCAUGGAGUUUUGAAUCUUUUACUUCAACCUCCUCCUUCUCCUCCUCAUCAACACCAUUUCAAAAAUUUAAUGGUUGAAACUAAAGAAGCUGUUUUCAAGUUCAAGAAAGUGAUUUCUCUUUUGAAUUCUGAUUUUAGUCAUCCAAGAUUUAGAAAUUUCAACAAAAUCCCUCUCCCUUUACCUCAAAAUUCCCUAUUGGAUUCCCCUAAUUACACUCUACAUCCUCCAAACAAAAAUCUUUUCAAUUUCCCCCCUGGUUCUAAUAGUAAAGUUUCAAUUUUUUUGGGAAACCCAGAUUUAGAAUUGAGUCAAAAUGAUAAGAAUACCCUUCAUAUCCCCAAACAAUCUCCUUCUUUGAACUUUAGCUUCCCCCAUCAUCAUCAUCAUCAACAACAACAACAACAACAGAGCGUUCUAGCUCAUCAGAAACAAAUGAAACAGCAAGCUGAAAUGACGUUUCUUAGGAAUAACAAUGGGAUGAAUCUGAAUUUUGAUACAUCUAACUGUACAUUGACAAUGUCAUCAGCUAGAUCUUUCAUUUCUUCAUUGAGUAUGGAUGGCAGCGUCAUUGGCGACAGAAGCUCGUUUCAUUUGAUUGGACCGUCGACCACGACCACGACAACGUCGGGCAAUAGCAAGAGGAAGUUUUCUGCUAGAGGAGAAGAAGGGAGCUUGAAAUGUGGAAGCACUAGUAAAUGCCAUUGUUCAAAGAAGAGGAAACAUAGAGUGAAGAGAUCAAUAAAAGUACCUGCCAUAAGUAACAAACUUGCAGAUAUUCCUUCCGAUGAUUAUUCAUGGAGAAAAUAUGGGCAGAAGCCAAUUAAGGGUUCUCCUCAUCCAAGGGGUUACUACAAAUGCAGCAGCAUAAGAGGUUGUCCGGCAAGAAAGCAUGUCGAGCGGUGCUUAGAAGAUCCGUCGAUGCUUAUUGUAACGUACGAAGGAGAACAUAGUCACCCGAAAAUGUUGACGCAAUCUGCACACACUUAGCCUACAAGCUCAAAUUAACCAAGAUUGGGAACCUCCACUUUUUCUUCUGUUAUUCAAAACCCAGUUUGGGAUUGGUGUUGGUGCUUCUUUUGUACAUAUUUUUGGUGCUCAACAUUUGAACCAAGCUCUUUAAUUUGGAUGAGUUUCCUUUUACAAAUUAAAAAUGAAGACACUGAGUCCAAAAUUUGACCACAGAUUUCUAUAGAAUAGAUAUUGUAUAA